CCGGGUUGGCUGGUUAUAACCGCGCAGAUUAUGUUCACGGGACUCAGAGUUGAAGCUCCUCUCCCUACCGAACAGCUCCGCGCACCGCCCCGAGACACAGCCCGGCGCAACUACUUUCUUCCCUCUCCUUUCUUUCUUCCUCUCCUUUUUCCCCUGCUGGGUAGUGGCUGCGGCGGGGUGGGGGAGACUUUGAAUGACCGAGCUCGCGUCCCCCUUUCUCUUCAUGUCGACGUCCCUGGAAACGGCCACACGGAUGCCAUGGUUACUUUUGCCACGAUCUUACAGGUGAACAAGGUGAUGUCCAUCUUGUUUUAUGUGAUAUUUCUCGCUUAUCUCCGUGGCAUCCAAGGUAACAACAUGGAUCAAAGGAGUUUGCCAGAAGACUCGCUCAAUUCCCUGAUUAUUAAGCUGAUCCAGGCAGAUAUUUUGAAAAACAAGCUCUCCAAGCAGCUGGUGGACGUUAAGGAAAAUUACCAGAGCACCCUGCCGAAAGCAGAGGCCCCCCGAGAGCCGGAGCGGGGAGAGCCCGCCAAGUCAGAAUUCCAGCCAGUGAUUGCAAUGGAUACCGAACUGCUGCGGCAACAGAGACGCUACAACUCACCGCGGGUCCUGCUGAGCGACAGCACCCCCUUGGAGCCCCCACCCUUGUAUCUCAUGGAGGAUUACGUGGGCAACCCCGUGGUGGCGAACAGAACAUCACGGCGGAAACGGUAUGCAGAGCAUAAGAGUCACCGAGGGGAGUACUCGGUAUGUGACAGUGAGAGUCUGUGGGUGACCGACAAGUCAUCGGCCAUCGACAUUCGGGGACACCAGGUCACGGUGCUGGGGGAGAUCAAAACGGGCAACUCUCCCGUCAAACAAUAUUUUUAUGAAACGCGAUGUAAGGAAGCCAGGCCAGUCAAAAACGGUUGCAGGGGCAUUGAUGAUAAACACUGGAACUCUCAGUGCAAAACGUCCCAAACCUACGUCCGAGCACUGACUUCAGAAAACAAUAAACUCGUGGGCUGGCGGUGGAUACGGAUAGACACGUCCUGUGUGUGUGCCUUGUCGAGAAAAAUCGGAAGAACAUGAAUUGGCAUCUCUCCCCAUAUAUAAAUUAUUACUUUAAAUUAUAUGAUAUGCAUGUAGCAUAUAAAUGUUUAUAUUGUUUUUAUAUAUUAUAAGUUGACCUUUAUUUAUUAAACUUCAGCAACCCUACAGUAUAUAAGCUUUUUUCUCAAUAAAAUCAGUGUGCUUGCCUUCCCUCAGGCCUCUCCCAUCUGUUAAAACUUGUUUUGUGAUCUGGCUCUCAGGAGUCACUCUGUAAAAUCUGUGUACACCAGUAUUUUGCAUUCAGUAUUGUCAAGGCCAUGACUGUCGUUUUAGUAAACUUGUUAAAAUCAGAUGAUGUCAGAGUUGUGUAUAAACACAGUUAUAUCCCUCUUCUGGUACAUUUAAUGUUGGGUUAAUGAAUUAAAAGAACUGUUAUGGCCUCCACUGAAAAUGACACCGUGUAGCUCUGGCCAG